AUGAGGAUCGCAAUCCGCGAGCAGCUGGCCGCUCUCGUCGUCACGGCCGUCCUGAUCGCCCUCGCCAUCGUCUCGAUCCCCACCUGGAUCUACGUCAACAAGUUUGUCGUCGACGUCGAGUCCAACGGGCUGACCCUGACCGCGUCCCUCAAGGCUGCUAGGAUCGCCUCCGAGAUCGAGCUCAUCCAGUCCAACUGCCAGACCAUCGCCUCGCGUCUGCUCAUCCAGCAAGGCUUCGAGUCCUAUUACAAUGGGAACCACACCGCCUCGAACUGGGGCCCUGCCAGCGAUGAUUUGAAAUCGGCCCUGAGCACGGCCGGCGCCGCGCUCUACCAGGCCAGGCUCUAUGCGCGAAACAGCUCUGGUCCCUCGUGGGGUCUGGUGAACAUCACGGCUCCCGAUGUGCAGCCCAUCGAGCUGCCCGACCCGCUACCCGACGGAAGCAAGGCCUUUCUGGACAACUCCACCGACGGCUACCCUGCGGCUCUGUUUCCCAACAUUACAUAUGUCGACUUGGGCUACCGGAGCCGUGCCGAUCCCUCUGUCAAUGUCUGGGCCGCCAAUGCCUUCCCCGACGUCAGGCUGUACAACAACGGGGGGCUCAUCCUCGGCCCUGUGAUUGUCAAUUCUUCCUUUGCCCUCGUCUCCCUGACAGUACCUGUCAUGUACAAUGCCAACCAGGACUUCAUCCUUGGCUACAUGACCCUGGUGGCCUCGGCCAGCUUCCUGCUGCGGAUCCAGCAGUCCGCAGAAGGCCUGGGCAAUACCGGCACCAUGCUCAUGAUCGGCCCUACUACUCCGUACAACCGUUUCAACUCGUCCAGCCCCCCGAGCAAUAACACGUACAAGCCGCCAAACAAGGAGACAUUCGGCAAUGCCGACGUGCGCUUCAUCCUCCCUCCCUUGGCUCCCGCCGACUCCUCCGACCGUCAUUCCCAGCACAACUUCGCCUCGGGCAGAUACGACGACCCGUGGAAGGUCAAGCAGUACCCUGUGGUCCUCGACUCGUUCACGUCCCAGAUCCGCGGCGUCAACAACGCCAGCAGUCGGUUGGAUACGACAAACGAGGAAGGGCACCAAGUGUCCGUGGGCUUCGCACGGCCUCAGACCGGUCUCGUCCAAUGGGUUGUCGUUGUCGAACAGGACAAGUCGGAGGCGUAUACGCCCAUCAACACGCUUAGAGACAUCCUCUUGGGUUGCGUCUUUGGCACGGCAGGUCUGAUUCUGCUCCUGGUGUUUCCCUGCGCCCACUUCAGUGUCAAGCCGAUUCGCCAACUCAAAUACGCCACGGAAAAGUCGGUGGCGCCGCCUGGGUACGAAGGCUUUGACGAUGAGCUGCCCAGUUCUGGAACCCGGUCGCAGAGGUCGGAGAAGGGCUGGAUUGUGGCCUUGAGGCGCAAAGUCGACAAGUAUCGCAGGAAAUACCUGGCCGACGAGGACCACGACCCAAAUCGCCGCAUCUUCAAGAUCCCCGGCAAGGUGCCCGAGAAGAAGCACUUCAUCACGGACGAGCUCACCGAGCUCACGUCGACCUUCAAUGCCAUGAGCGACGAGCUCUACAAGCAGUACGAGUCGCUCGACGAGAAGGUCGCCGAGCGGACCCGCGAGCUCGAGAUCAGCAAGAAGGCCGCCGAGGCCGCCAACGAGAGCAAGACGCUAUUCAUUGCCAACAUUUCUCACGAGCUGAAGACGCCUUUGAAUGGUAUCAUGGGCAUGUGCGCCGUGUGCAUGGAGGAAGAUGAUAUCGUGCGCAUCAAGCAGUCUUUAAAGACCCUAUACAAGUCUGGCGAUCUGUUAUUGCACCUACUAGAAGAUCUAUUGAGUUUCUCAAAGAACCAGAUCGGCCACCAGGUCAGCCUAGAAGAGAAGGAGUUUAGAUUAGGAGACAUCCGGUCACAGGUGCUCUCCAUUUUCGACAAGCAGGUCCGGGAAGGCAAGAUCAACUUCAGCGUGGAUUUCGUCGGGUCCGACGUGCUAGAGCAGAGCCCGAGUCCGGAGCGGGUGAGCAUGGACCGGAAGCUGCCUGCGUUGGGCCCCGCGGGAAUGGGCCGACUGAAAGACAUGUGUCUCUGGGGCGACCAGCACCGCAUCCUCCAGGUGAUCAUCAACCUGGUCAGCAACAGCUUGAAGUUCACGCCGCCCGGGGGCAAGGUCGGAUUGAGGAUACGAUGCCUGGGAGAGGUUGAGGAACCGAGGGACGAGAGCAGGACGUCAUCCUUCUCCAAGACCGGCUCCAAUCGGCCGGGACGGAGCCGACAUAGAAUGGGGUCUUCGUCCACGCACUCGCAGAGCUCCAAGACGGGGUCGACACCGGCCACGCCGUUCAAGGGAGGAACUGCACUCUCCAUCAACCCCAUGGACCCCAAGACGACGGCGCAUGUCCACACGCGAGAGCGAUCACUAUCGCCUCCGCCACCGAACGCCAAGUCGUUCCUCUUCGAGUUCGACGUCGAGGACACGGGGCCGGGUAUCGCAGAGCACAUGCAGGAGAGGGUGUUUGAACCGUUCGUGCAGGGCGACCUGGGCCUGAGCAAGAAGUUUGGAGGCACGGGUCUCGGGCUGAGUAUCUGUCAGCAGCUCGCCGGUCUCAUGGGCGGCCACAUCACGCUGAGGAGUACUGUUGGCGUCGGCACUACCUUCAUCAUGCAGAUCCCGCUCAAAUAUGUGAAGGAUAGAGCCUCCAGUACUGCCUCGAGUAGCAUGAAGUCCCGCCCGCCGAGCGUAGGGUCUGUCGAUGAUGCGAAUCUUCGGCCGGCCAUGGCCAAGCCCGUGACAGACGCAAAAACGAGCAACCUGCUCAAUAAGCAGCCGCGUCUCGUCGGCCUCAGCCAGCCUUUCUUCGCGGCGAACCCGACCCCGUCGCCGAGCAAGGAGGAGCAGCUGGCCGCCAUCGACCGCGCCAUGGCCAACAAGGCCGGGCAGGGCAAGCUGCGGGUGCUCGUGGCGGACGACAACUCGACCAACAUCGAGGUGGUGAGCAAGAUGCUCAAGCUCGAGGACAUCUACGACGUGACCAUCGCCAAGGACGGCCAGGAGGCGUACGACCUGGUCAAAGCCAACAUGGAGCAGAACCUGCACUUUGACGUCAUCUUCAUGGACAUCCAGAUGCCCAACCUCGACGGCCUGCAGAGCACGCGCCUGAUCCGCAAGAUGGGCUACUCGGCGCCCAUCGUGGCCCUGACGGCCUUCUCCGAGGAGAGCAACGUCAAGGAGUGCAUGGAGUCGGGCAUGGACGAGUUCCUCAGCAAGCCCAUCCGCCGCCCGGCCCUGAAGCAGGUGCUCAAGAAGUUUGCCACCAUCCCCGAGGAGCCCGAGACGGCGAGCGUGCUGACGCGCAAGACGACGCCGGACAACAAGUCGCCGACUACGGCGGCGAGGCCGCCGACUGCUGCCCCUAAUGCUCCUCCUCCUCCGGCUUCGACGGGAGCAGCACCGACUGUGGUCGGUAAUGGUGGUGGGGACGGCGCCGUCGUCGCGAACGGGCCCACGUCGACGAUCGUGGGCAAGACGGAUCUGCCCAAGGUGUCGACCGUGGAGGACAUGACGGUCAACGGUCCGCAACCGGCGCACACCAACGGCGCGCCGCUGCCGCCCUCCUCGCCGCCCUCGCCCAAGACCGUACCUCGGGCCUGA